AUGGAGCGCUGCGUGUCUAACAUCAUCUCAUAUUCGUCAUGUAGCAUUCCGGAAAAGUCGUUAGUGUCGAGGCGUUCAGUAAAAGAGAGUUAUAUUUUGAUAAAACACAGAGGUGAACGGCGAAGAUACGAACGUGAGGAUGAACGGCAGCGUGGACGUAGUAAAGAACGGGGCUCCCGUCGUCGACGACGUGACUCCUCCGAUUUAGAUGAAAGAAGAAAGCGAAAAAAAUCACGUCAGCAUUCAGCUGAUCAUAAGGAUCGUGAGCGAAAGCAUGAAAGAGAACACACAGAAGAUCGGGUAUCGGAGGAUGAGGGAAGAAGUCGAAAGCGGCGACGACACGACACGUCAAGUUCGGAGGAUGACGCAGAGUUGAGUGGCAGUCGAUCGCAGCAUUCCGACGGGAGCAGUCGUAGUAGUACAACAAGCAGCAGCGAAUCUGUAAGACAAGAACGUGAACGGCGAAGAUACGAACGUGAGGAUGAACGGCAGCGUGGACGUAGUAAAGAACGGGGCUCCCGUCGUCGACGACAUGACUCUUCCGAUUUAGAUGAAAGAAGAAAGCGAAAAAAAUCACGUCAACGUUCAGCUGAUCAUAAGGAUCGUGAGCGAAAGCAUGAAAGAGAACACAGUACAAGUGGGACAAGAAGGAAACAUUCCAGCGAAUCUUCGAGCUUCUCGCAAACGCGCGAAUCUAAAAGUGUUUCAUCUCGAAAGCAGUCAAAUUCUCCUAGAUCCGCAAAACGUCAUUCUUCACCAGCAGCUAAAAGAUCAAGAAGCCGCACCUCUUCAGUGCAAAAAAGCAAACUUGUGAAGCACUUGAAAAGGUCGCGUUCAAGGAGUACAGCAGAAGAUCGGGUAUCGGAGGAUGAGGGAAGAAGUCGAAAGCGGCGACGACACGACACGUCAAGUUCGGAGGAUGACGCAGAGUUGAGUGGCAGUCGAUCGCAGCAUUCCGACGGGAGCAGUCGUAGUAGUACAACAAGCAGUAGCGAAUCUGUAAGACAAGAACGUAAGAAUUCACUGUCUUCUGAAGCAAGCCAUCGGCGUAGUGUCUCACAAUUGCGUGAGCCGAUCGAUGAAAGCGAUUAA